AUGGUUGCUACUGAUUCUGUUGAAGUGAAGAGUCUGCUUGAGGGAGAUCAGCUUCACUGCGAGCCUGCCGCCACCCUCAUCGACAUCUCUCUAUCAUCGCUACCCAGGGAGAAGGAGAGGGAAGGGCGGCGAAAAGGAGAGAAGGAGACAGAAGGGGCGGGGAGGGGCGGCGGCGAAAAAGGGAGAAGGAGAGGGAAGGGCAACGAAGAGGAGAUAAGGAGACGGAGGGGGCGGGGGACGGCGGCGACAGAGGGAGAAGGAGAGGGAAGGGCGGCGAAGAGGAGAGAAGGAGACGGAGGGGGCGACGGCGAUAGAGAGAGAAGGAAAGGGAGGGGCGGCGAAGAGGAGAGAAGGAGACGGAGGGGGCGGGGGAGGGGCGGCGGCGACAGAGGGAGAAGGAGAGGGAGGGGCGGCGAAGAGGAGAGAAGGAGACGAAGGGGGUGA